UGGCAGUACACGGUCUUACAUUUCACUCGCCAUUUUUAUACUCCAUUCGAGUUAUGAAGGUAUUGGCGAACAAGGGGCAGUGCUAAUUCGUAGCCACUUGUUCAAGCAUUUCCGCCGUUUGUUUGCAGCUUCAAACUUAUCAAGAUAAUUCUCAAUUUAACGUGGUGUUAAGGGUCCAGAAGUACUUUCUUCAAAAUGUAAUCUUGCUGGGUAUUUUGUUGAUGGAAUAUUUGUGAAGAACAACGAGGAAAGACAAAGAGGUUUCCAUUUAAGGUUUUGGCCUUAGUAGCUAAGGAUGUCCGCCAGCGUCCCAUGGAAAUAUGUCUCGCCCCUUCACGAUAGCAUCAUGGAACAACGAGCUGGCUUUUUAGCAUGCCUGUGCAAAGAUGAAGUACCCUCAAGAUACCUACUGACUUUGUAUUGUUUCCCGGCGCAUCUAAGGUCCAAACUGAUUAGCGAUAUAUCCUCAACAUACUUUGUCAAUAUGCAAGGAGAAGGAACUUCACAGAUACCUCUUUCGAACGGAGAUGAGAUACUUGUGUCUCUUUCGGAUGGAUUUGAGGUACACGGAGAAUGGACUACGGAGGACAUCGUCUUAACGUUUUUUGAUCAUAAACCAUUUCGGCUAAAACUACGUAUUAGCAUCAGAGACAGGAGAAGUCUGCAAGUCGACUUCUUAAAACGGCUGGGAGGCAAGGAGCGGAAGAAUUCGGCAUUGGCAUGUUCAGUGCCCAUAAUGUCAAGAUCUCCAGUACAGGUUUCUGGCCCUGCGACCUUUGACUUUGAAGAAGGAAGUGUAUUGAAGGUGACCCUCUUAGCCAGUGAGUGGAGUUCAUCGAUGGGAGGCUUGUCUACCAUCAACAGACAGCUUGCCAUUCUUUUGGGAAAACGCGAGAAAGUGGACGUUACUUUCCUUGUCCCACACUUUGCCUGUUCUGAAGAAGAGAAGAGAUCUGCAAGAAGGCAAAAUGUUUCCAUAAAAGAAGCGAAGAAACUCGCAGGCUUCAAUGAUCCUCUUGAUUGGCUGAGUUUCCCACCGAGCGACCUCAAUAUUGACAUUGUGGUGGGCCAUGGAGCAAAGCUUGGAAAGCAAGCCCAAGUUAUCAGAGCGUCUCAUAAUUGCAAGUGGAUUCAAGUGGUGCACACUGCACCUGAAGAACUUGGAAUACACAAGAGCUAUUCUAUGGCUAUAUCCAUAGGGGAAGAGAAGAAGACAGCUGAAGUGGACUUGUGUAAGUUGGCAGAUGCUGUUGCAGCGGUGGGACCAAAGUUGACAAAGGCUUACUCAUCCUACCUGCGUUCAUGUGAGAAGCACGAAGAUAUAAUUCAACUGACGCCAAGCACGUUCGAUGAGUUUUCCGACGUAAAGCAAGCCGCAAAAGAAAUGGACGAGUUUAAGGUUUUGACGUUUGGCCGUGGUGAUCCAGAAGACUUCAGCUAGAAAGGCUACGAUAUCUCUGCCAAGGCAAUAGCUGAAUUGAGCGACAGAUCAUUUUGUCUGAUCUUUGUGGGUGCACCUGAAGGUAAACAGGAUGAGGUUGCAGAAACACUGCUGAAAAGUGGAAUUCGUAAAACUCAAUUGACUGUGAGAAAGUUCGUGCAAAGCAAGAAAAUUUUGAAAGAACUAUUUUGUGAAGUGGACCUCUGUAUUAUGCCAUCCAGAACAGAGGGGUUCGGUUUAACAGCUCUGGAGGCCAUGUCUGCUGGUCUUCCUAUUCUUGUCAGUAGCAACUCAGGAUUUGGUGAAGCAUUGUCCACUGUACCAUUUGGAGAAUCAUUUGUGGUGGAUUCCGAGCAGCCUAAGAAGUGGGCAAAGGCAAUUGCUGGUGUCCGAAAGAAGAAGAGAUCAGUUCGACUUCAUGAGAUUCAUCAACUGAGAGCAGCUUACGCAGAGAAAUUCAGCUGGGAGAGCCUGUGUACCAUUCUUUUGGAUAAGAUGCGGAGAUUAGUUAAUGAUGAAUAUUUUUUCGGUACUGAAGAGCCACAAGAUAAAGUGAAAAAAUCUCGUUUGUCAGGUUCUGUGGGGGUAAUCGCUCAGCUUCAGCAGAUGCAAUUGGAUGCAAGCAAAGUCGGUAGCAAGACAGACCUAACAUCGGAUUUGAAGAAAAUUGCAUCAGACAGGGGUUUCAAAAUUUCUGACAAUGAAGGAUCAGGAAAUUGCAUGUUCUAUGCUUUGUCAGAUCAGCUGGAAAUUGCCGAGGGAAUCAAAAUAUACCAUGACGAGCUAAGACAAAUUUUGGUCCAGCACCUCAGCGAGAAGCCAAAGCUAUCGGAUGGAACAGAUCUCUUUCGCUUCGUCUAUGGACAUCAAUCAUGGGCUGAUUACUUGAGGCACAUAGAACAAGAUGGCGCUUGGGGUGACCAUGUGAUUCUAUGUGCCGCAGCAAACCACUACAGAACUUCCAUUCGUGUGGUGAGCAGUCUUCCUCGCAUUAAUGAUGUUAUGAUCAAGCCACAAUGUCCUGUUGACAAAAGUAAGAGCCUUGUGUUGGGACACAUCCAUGAGUUACACUAUGUCAGCCUUCGACCCAUACAAGCAACUGUGAAUGGCGUAAAAGACGAUAUACAGGACUCCAGUGGCAAUCCACCUCACCUCAAUUUUAAGCUACCAGAUCUAAGGGACCUUCCUACGUUAGACAGCUGCGGGAGCGAUUUUGAACUUCCAGUGGACAUCCUGCUUUUAACAGUGGAGGACUGUGAGUUCUUAGCAUGUUUCCACUAUCUCAAUCAACCUUCAAGGAGAUACCACAAAAGCACUGGGUAUGUGUUCUACGGAUCCAUGGGACAUGACCAGGAAAAUAAAUUGAAAACUGCUUUGGUCAAGUGUACCAGAGGUUCUUCAGUUCCUGAUGGUUCUUUGAUUGUUGUUAAUGAUGCAAUUCGAGCUCUGGGACCCAAAGCUGUGUUUUCUGUUGGUACUUGCAUUGGGUUGACUCCUAAGGAAACCAAGCUAGGAGACGUAGUUGUGUCUUCAAAGUUGACAACGUUUGCCCACAAAACUCCUGUAAGCAGGGAUAUUGGUAACCUUAUCAAACAUGCAGCUGAUGGCUGGAGAGCACCCUUAAAAGACCCACAAGCUUGUAAAGUAAACGUGAAAUGUGAUGGUACUGUCUUAAGUAUUCCACCGUCACAGGCUAGCAGUAAGAAUAUUCUUCAGAAAUAUUCUGAAGCAACUGCAGUGGAGGUGGAAGGUGAAGGGGUGUUUGCUGCAGCUCAUCAUCUGAAAACGGAAUGGGUGGUUGUAAAAGGCAUCAAAUGCUAUGCCAGCGAGAAUCAGUCGUCAAGUUAUGAGUGGGAUGUAUUCGCAAGUGUUAUGGCAGCCUCUGUUGUGUCCAACAUUUUGAGGAAUCCAAGCGUAUUCCAAGAUUGGAGCCAUUAUAACGAAGCUCAACCUUUGCGUUUAAAAUUGGAAGUGAAGACGAACACCAGAUGGAACGCACCCAUUAAGGUGGCCGUGGUUGUAGGCCUUUUAGCCGCUUUUAUUUCUGUCCUACACCAUACAGGGUGGAUUGGUUCCUAAAGUGCUCUGCUGUAUUGGAUCAUUGUGACAUUUCAACUUACAAAGAAGUUGUAAAAUGCAAUUAAAAUGUUUGAUAAUUUUGGUACUGAAAUAAUAAGUUGUAAUAAUAAUAAUAAAACAAAAAUGAAUAUCAAAUAAGUUGUAAAACGGAAAUUAAAAUCUCUGAUAAUUUUGGCAAUGAAGAUAAUAAGCUAACUUCCAAGUGUAGAAAUGAAUGAAUCACGUUGAACUUAAGAUUUUCGAAAAGCUCUCAUUUUUCUAGACCAAUAGCUUGAGCAGCCUUUUUUAAGGAAUUAGCUAGAUAGAUGUUGGUAGUCAUUUUUCUCAAGAAGAACUAAAAAGGUGGAGAAAGCUGAGCUGUUAGCAGGAACAGGAGUAGUUAAAAGUCUCAGCAUACCAAUUUAUAAGAAGAACUUAAGUUGGCUUAAAGACGUUUGCAACACUGUUUCUGCAAUGAGGCGUUUACUUCGUACACUUCAACUCUGUAUCGGUUGUUCUUAACGGAUGGUCUUAUCUUUGAAAAGCGUGUCUGAUCUUGAAUACCUACUUUGCCAGACAAGACACUGGAAAGUAAAUAAAGAAAUACGAGCCCGGUUA